AGCUACUAGUAUUGCAUUUGUCUUGCUAACAGUUUACGUGCAUAUUAGUCAUUCGAAUGAACACUUACUGUCUUUAGCGUUUGCCUGACUACAACUUUACAUUCAGAUAUAAUAUUAUUCCAGUGCAAUAGAUAUCUUCGUUGUUAACUGUUUAUACACAAACAAGUUUUAUUCAGAAACAGGGUUUGUAAUCUAUUGUUUGUGUUUCUAUCAAAUUUACCUUCAGGUAUAUUUAAGAAAUAAUAAGUUCCCAAACGUGGUUUAUCGUAGAAUAACCCGAGUUUUGAGUUCUUAUGCGUAAGAAUAUAUCACGAAGGCCGUAGGCCUGAGUGAUAUAUUGUUUUUCAUAAGAACGAAAAGCUCGGGUUAUUCUACGAUAAAUCACACCUGGGGAACUUAUUAUUUCGAUUCUAACACCACUUACUAGUAUCAACAGUGUUAGAAAAAAUGGUAACUACUUUUUACGACCGUGUUACGCACCUAGAUCGGAUGACGUCAUUGCACGCGAGUGGUUUAUUGCAGAAUAGCCCGAGAUAAAUUUUGCUCUACAUGUAUGUAUGUUAUUUGCUGGCCAUGUUAGAAUACAAAUUAUAAUUCAGACAUUUUGUAUUUUCAAUCCCAUUGCCAGUACAAGGUUUGUUGAUAUUGGGUAGUUGUCAUACUAAACAGUUUUACUUAAGAUUUAUUAAAUUUCCAGUCCAGAUGUCAGUACAAUAGGCCUACCGGUCUUCAAGGCUUGCGGUCAUUGGUAGAUUCUUGCAGUUUUACAAAUUCAGAUAUUAACUAUAGGUUGUCAAUACGAACAGUUUUACAUUUUCAGUCCCUAUGUCAGUGCAAUAUAGAUCUACAGGGUUUGCAGUCCUUGGCAGAUGUCUUAUUAGAAAUGAAACCGAUGACGAGAAUCGACUUGUCCAAAAACAAGUUUGAAAGACGGCACGCAGAAAUAAUAUCCGAAAUUAUACAGAAAAACGACUACAUAGAGGAGAUUGUACUAUCUGGAAACAAGUUUGAUGAUGUUAGUGGUGUUUCUUUAGGCAAAGCUUUGGGCAGUAAUGUUGGUAUAAAGAAACUCGAUUUAAGCUGGAAUCACUUACGGAGAGGAGGUGCACAGGCUGUCUGUAUGGCGUUAAAGUUUAACCAAACACUGGAAGAACUCGAUUUAUCAUGGAACGGUUUAGCAGAGGAGGGCUGCAGGGCACUGGGUGUGGCUCUUCCAUUUAACCAUACCCUCAAAGAGUUGGAUUUGUCAUGCAACAGAAUCAGUAUAUUUUGUCUCAGAGAACUUCUGAAAGGUUUAGAACACAAUGACACUCUGAAAGUUUUAAGGGUCGACCAGAACCCAAUGACAACAGAUGGUGCUAUUGGCUUAAUAAAAUGUUUACAGAAAUCAAAGGUGUCUGAACUGACAGAUCUUUAUAUGACAGACAUCCCAAUAAAUUCCGAUUUCCUGGAUGAACUUGACGAGCUGUUGAAGGUGCGACAAGUGCGUGUGUAUCACAGAGAUCCAAACAAGAAGAAGAUAACCCCAAUCAUCAGGAAGAGGACAUUGAAGGACUACGACCCCGCAAUGAUUCUAUUUGAAUACAUGAAACAAGAAAAUUUACGACUUAUUGACCUCUUUAGAACGUUUGAUACUGACUCGAGCCAGACUGUGUCAAAAGAUGAGCUCAAGGAAGGCUUUCUGACUAUAAACAUGCCGCUAAACGAAGAAGCGCUUGACUCACUGUUUGAGAGACUCGACCUCAAUGACAAUGAUGAAAUCGAAUAUGAAGAGGUAAAAUCAGGUUACAGGAAAACGAUGUCCAAAUUACGAGUUAAUGACGAAGAUGAGCAUCAGGCAGCAGCUAUAGCCGGGCUCAAGAAACUCGUGCAGAACGCCCUGACGGAGAAACGGAAGACAAUGCGAGCUGAUGCAACAAAGAAAGUUUUUGACAGGCGACAGAGUCUUAGAGCUAUAUUUCAGAUACGAAAAUAGUGUACAACUGGCCUUGUUUCUGAUAUUGAAUAUAAAGUCAGCUAUAGAAAAACAAUGAAGAAAAUGAGAAGUGGUCUAAAUUCUGACGAUCCCAACGACGUAGCUGCAAUAACACAACUCAAAUCCCUGGUAAAGAAGGCACAGGAAGAAAGGAGGCAAGAGAAAUUACUUCAGUUGAAAGGCAAGAGGCGACAACGGCAAGCGAGUCUUACAGCCGUGUUUCAAAUAGCUGCCGGGAAAGUCAUUAAAAGACUGCCGUCACAUGACGAAUAAAUAACAUGUCUGAUAAGUUUGAUUGUCACUCCUUUGAUAUAUUUAAAUCGAACUCUGCCCAGGUGGCAAGUUCUGUGUUUUAAAGUUUGUAAUACUUUGUGUGUUUGUAUAUAUUUAGUAAAACGUUGUUACAAUGGU